AUGUUGUUGCCAACGCUCUUCAUACCCUUGCCAACACCCACUUCACUCCAGCAAGCUCAGCAGCAGCAGCAGGGCUUCAGUGCCAACACUUCCCUCCACCACAACCGUCUCCCUUCCAACGCAACUUCAAACCCAACAAUAGGCCAACAGUCUUGGUCCUUGUAA